AUAGCAAUGACGCUGGUUCGAACAGCAACGAUCGUUCUUCUCAUAAUCGCGUUUCUGCAAAAUGCUGCGGCAAAGAAAAGACAGCACAGUAUUGUAAAGUAUCACGGUGCGGUUGCAACGGACGAUGGACGGUGUUCUAAAAUCGGAAUGAAAAUUCUUCGACAAGGAGGAAACGCGAUUGAUGCGUCUGUGGCUGCUGCUCUCUGUUUGGGCGUUGUGAGUCCAGCGUCUAGCGGUAUUGGCGGUGGAGCGUUUACAGUUGUUAAGAUAGCUGGUGGGAAGGAAAUAGCUUAUGAUUCUAGAGAAACCGCUCCUCUCCUCGCUAGUGAGAAUAUGUAUGGAGGCAAUGUGGAUCUAAAAAAGAAAGGAGCCUUAUCAGUAGCUGUUCCCGGGGAAGUCGCGGGUUUAUUCGCGGCUUGGAAAGAGCAUGGAAAGCUGCCGUGGAAGCGGUUAGUGAGGCCUGCAGCAAAACUUGCAAAAGGAUUCAGGAUUUCAAAGUAUCUUCAUAUGCAGAUGAAUGCGACUAAAGAUGGUAUCUUAGCAGACAAAGGUCUCUCGAAACUAUUUGUUUCAAAUGGAGAGCUGAAGAAACCAGGGAUGGUUUGUCGAAACCCUAAAUUGGCUUUAACCUUGAGACAAAUUGCAAAGUAUGGUCCAAAAGCAUUUUACAAUGGCACAGUUGCGGUUAACCUAGUUAGAGAUAUACGUAAAUCAGGAGGUAUAAUAACUUUGAAAGAUCUUCAAAGUUAUAGAGUUAAGGUUAAAGAACCGUUGUCAGCAAACAUUCUUGGAUAUCGACUCCUCGGGAUGCCUCCUCCUUCAUCUGGUGGUGCUGCAAUGACGCUUAUUUUGAACAUUCUUUCUCAAUAUGGGAUUCCAUCGGGUGUUUCGGGCUCUCUUGGUGUCCAUCGACUAGUCGAGGCUCUAAAACACGCUUUUGCGAUUAGAAUGAACCUUGGUGAUCCGGAUUUCGUCGAUGUUAGUACGGUUGUUGCGGAUAUGUUGUCUCCAAAGUUUGCACAAGACUUGAAGAGAAAGAUAAAUGAUGAGAAAACCUUUGAUCCAAAACAUUAUGGCGGCAUGUGGAAUCAGAUCGAAGAUCAUGGGACAAGCCAUUUAUCGAUCAUAGAUCGCCAGAGGAAUUGUGUGUCGAUGACUAGUACAAUAAACGGUUAUUUUGGGGCAUGGAUGCUAUCUCCGAGUACGGGAAUCGUUUUGAACAACGAAAUGGACGAUUUCUCAAUGCCGAUGACAUCCGUCGGUGACCUAGAUGUGCCGCCACCGGCACUGGCUAACUUCAUCCGUCCCGGAAAACGACCAUUGUCCUCAAUGACACCUACCAUUGUACUUAAAGACGGUAAAGUGAAAGCUGCGGUGGGUGCAAGCGGAGGAAUGUAUAUCAUCGCUGGAACAACGGAGGUUUUCUUGAAUCAUUUUUUCCUCGAGAUGGAUCCUCUCUCUUCCGUCGUGGCUCCAAGAAUCUACCAUCAGUUGAUACCAAACAGAGUUUCGUAUGAGAACUGGACGACGGCUUACAAUGAUCAUUUUGAGAUACCUAAAGAGACAAGACAUGUGUUGGAGAAGAAAGGUCAUGUCCUAACGCCGUUACCGGGAGGGACGAUUUCUCAGUUCAUAGUUGAAGAAUCCGGUGGAAGGAGUAAGCUUGUGGCCGUAAGUGAUCCAAGAAAAGGAGGCUUCCCUUCAGGAUAUUGA